AUGAAAAUGUUUAGCUCCUACCAUACCUUUUCACUCUUGGCCAUAGCUCUUGUACUAGCUUUUGCUGUUCCUCUAAAAGCCCAAAACACAGCAGAAGACUACUUAAAAGCUCACAACCGCGCUCGAGCCCGCGUAGGCGUUGGUCCCCUGGUUUGGAACACGACGGUGGCUGACUAUGCCCUAAGCUACGCCAAGCAGAGACUCGACUGCCGUUUGAUUUUAUCGAAUGGUCCUUACGGCGAAGUUUUAGUAUUGGGCGCCACUGACUUAUCCGCUGAGGAGGCUGUGACCGUGAUGGUUAACCAGGGGGCUGAUUACUUUUAUGACACAAACACAUGUCGUGAAGGGAAAAGAUGUGAAGCUUAUAAGCAGGUUGUGUGGAGAAAAACGGUGUCGCUUGGGUGUGCUAGAGUCAUCAACUGUGCAAAUGGUGGAUCCCUUACCAUUUGCAAUUAUGAUCCUGCUGGCAAUGUUGCUGGUGAACGACCUUUCUAA